GGUCGCGCUGGUUUCUUAGCAGCGCUGGUCUCGCCGGUCGCCGGUCGCAGAGGCGGCCGCGGUUGCCCGGAUUGACUGCUGACCCCGCACCCCACGGCCUCCCCCACGUAGACUGUGCCCAGGGCAGCACCAAGAGAGUACAGGGCAGCCUCUCCCAGGGUUGAGCAGAGCCCAUCCAAACGCCAUGGGCAGCGGCGCGUCCACAGAACAGGGCCAGGCGGCCCCGGCCAUCAUCGACGGCGAGGCCGCCAUCCUGGAAAGAGCCGGCGGCGUUUUAUUACCAAGAGACGACCUCUACGAGGCGCUCAAGGCAAAAUUGAAUGGAGCGGACCGGCCCGUCGCCGUCGUGGCACCGUCCGGCAGUGGCAAGUCGACGUUCAUGGCGAAUUGUGUGACACGGUUGCGGGAGGAGUACGAUAUAGUAAGGGCGGUUUUCGUCGGCAGCGCGGGCGGCUCGACGAACCUGGUGAGAGUGUUGAGCGAGUUGUGCGCUUCGUUGGUGCCCGCACGGAAGUCCCGUGAGAGUCUAUCCGACUUGUGUACCUCGGAGAACUCCGUCGAGGAGUUGGCUGAUGAUGUACUUGGCCUGUCUGGGUUGCUCGAGAAAAGACUGCAAGUACUACAGGAGGAGAAGAAGAAGGUCCUCAUCGUUGUGGAUGCGGUCAACGAAUUGGAGGGCGCCGCCGCUCUUUCCUUGGGAUGGCUUCCCAGACGCAGUGGUAUUGUGGUGACGACGAUUCGCGGUGGGGCCAAUUCGAAGGACCCGAACGUGAAAACUGUCUUAGCUGCUCUCAAAAAGCGCUUCGAGAUCACGGAACCCUUGGUCGUGCCUCCUUUAUCUUCUGAUGACCAGAUCUCCUUGUUGACGCAACUCGCGGGUAGAGCACCUACUUCCCAAGAGCAGGAGGCCCUCAAGACGAAGAAGGACGCCGCCUCGCCGCUCUACAUCAAACUGCUCGCUCCAAAACUAGCGCGGGGGUCGCCCGACGGAAGCGCGUUACACCCGCUGCUCGGUGGCAAAUCAUUGAAUCUGACGCCGCCCGCAUCCAGGGAAAAUAAAAGGAGGGGCGGCGGCAAGCUCAGACGUGCGGCUUCGGGUGUGAUAGCAGCAAAUAGAACGAGGAGCCCCGCCAAGAGUACGCGAGGCACGGAUCCUGUAAGUUCAGCACCAGAUACGAUCCAAGCGGUCUUUGAUGAUCUGUUAGUAGGAUUACCGGCCGACGCGGCGAAGAAGAUCCUGACGGCGAUCUAUGUGUCUGGUGGUGGGGUGUGGGCGUCUCAAUUGAGAGAGCUCGCGAGACAUAGUACACUAGAAGGCUGGCUCGGGCCUCUAGUAAGGUGCGGCCCGGACGGCCGUGUCGCCUUCGUGCACCAGCAAGCGCGAGACGCCGUGCAACGGAAGUGGCUGAAGACGCCGGAGGACGUCCAGAAGGCGCAUGGGAUGUUAGCGGCCCACUUCAGUACCUUAUACAAGUUCUCGGACCACGACCGAGAGGCGGAUAAGGCACUGGAGUGCCAGAUCCUGACGCGCCUGCCGCGGCACUUGAUUGGUAGUAAUGAUGCGGAGCGGUUAAAAGAUCCGGCGUUCGGCGAGAGGAAGUGCGCGGCCGGUCUGGUGGGCGACUUAGUCCACGACUUCGCGGACGCGGGCUACGAGGACUUCGCGGAGUGCGUCCGGGCGAACGCCCACGUCCUCGCUGUCGGUCGUUAUGUGCCCGGGCUGUUUGCGCAACAGUUAGCUAAUUCUAGAGACGAUUCUACUAUAGACACGAAGGAAUUGCGGGCUCCCUUCCGCUGGGUCAACAAGGACCAGAAACGACCCGCUUGUUUGGGCAUCAUGUCGUCGCCGGCGACGCAUUACUGGGCCGCGGCCUCGAGCAAGUCAGGCAAAUCAUUAGCGCUAGGCGGUAGUGACAAGUUGAUACAUAUCAUCGACGCCCAGGACCAGUACGAAAAAGCUCUGUUGACUGGACAUCAAGACGACAUCGUUUCUGUCUCAUUCUCGCCGACGGACGAGGCGACGCUAGUAUCUCUAGCUCGAGUCUCGCGCCACGAAAAAGCCGCGUUCGACCUUUUCGUCUGGGACGCCCACGCCGCCACGAAGCUCGCCGCCGCCCAAGGAGCCGGAUCGGCUUCGGAUGCAAGAUGGUCUUCAGAUGGGUUGUACGUCGCCGUCGCGUGUUCUGGCAGAUGUGAGAUCUAUUCAAAUAAAGCUACACUACAAAAAACGUUGAAACUUGACGGCGACGCCGCAGCGUGCUGUUUCAGUCCAACAAAUCAUAAUGGAGACAACCAGUUCGUGGUCUGCGCCGUGAACACGCACAUCCAGGCCAAAUCAUUAACAGGAAAGUAUACGCCUCCGACCUUUGAAGGCCAGCAUCCCGAAAAAGUGAACGACGUGCACUGGGCCUGCGGCUUCGUGGCUACCGCUUGUGAUGAUGGUUCAGUGGUAUUAUUCGACGAGAAGUCGGGCGCGCGGCUCGCGUACAUCGAGGCGCACGAGGACAUUUGUAAGAGCGUGCGCCUGACGAAGAGCCCGGGGGCGGGCAUCCACCUCGUGUCGGGGGGCGAGGACCGAUCAGCACGCUUAUUUAGAUUAAGUGGAGGCAGGUUGAGCGGCGGUAGAUUGAGCCCGGACCAGGCCGUUUUAAGAGGACAUAGUGCAGCGGUGGCGCACGUCGCGCACUUACCCGGUGGAUCUUCUUGCUUAACAACAUCAGAAGACGGGUCUUGCCGCAUCUGGGACUACGCGCGGGCCUUCGGUCAAGAUAAAGCCCCAGGCAGUGACAAGGGUAUUGCUGCUUGCGUUUUUGUGGAAGAGCCCGCGGGGCUGAUCGUCGCGGAUGGUGCUGGGGUACUAAGGUUGUUCGACCCCGACGGCAAAGGAGAAGUGUGGCGUACCGAACCUUUAGAAGCGGAGCAUCGCGCGAUUACGGCCCUCGCCGUGGCCGAGGGCGGGGCUCGGGUCGCGGUGGCCAUGUACAAGCGGGUGCACCUAAGGGAGAUCGCGGGAGGAGCGGAAGCCGCACCACCACUAGUAUUUGACGACUGGGUCAACUGCUGCGCCUUUGUCGGGGGUGGCGCGGUCGCGUUUGCGGGAGAUGCUGCUUCAGUAAAUGUGUGGGAUCGAGGUAAUACGAUAACAAUAACGCAUUCGGAAGCGAAGAAGACCGACAGUGUUCUGGCCAUGGCCUGCCGCAUCACGGGCGACGAGGCCACGAUCGCGACAGGGGACAACGACGGCCGAAUAAAUGUGUGGACGGAAAAGGAAAGAGAAGAUACCUCUGAACGGCGCGAGUUCGAGCAGUACCGCUUUACCAAAAUAGAGGGCUGGGUCGUGUCCAUCUGUUUUUAUGCCCAUGGAUUAGCCGCUUGUACAUCUCUUGGUAGGGUGUGUGUUCUCGAACCUGGGAAAUGUGAGGUCAUCUCCAUGUCCACAUCGUUGGAGUGCGCCAUGGCCUGGGUUGGAAGUGUAGGAGAUCGGUUGGUCACGGCCUGCGAGGCGAAGCUGGUCCAUGCGUGGCGGAGGCAGGGCGAUAGUCUCGAGACGCUGGGUGUGGACGCGUUGUUUCCCGGCGCGGCGCGCUUCGGUUCGCCGGACGGCGUCGGCGGCCAGGGCGCCGUCGCGGGGAAGCGCAUCGCCGUCGGCGACGAAAGUGGAAGGUUGUACGUGCUGGACACGGAGUUUGAACGGAGGGCCUCGUUCGACUCGCCGCCGCGCGACGCGAAGCCGCGGCACAAGUUCGUCCGUACGGAUAGCGGUAGGUUAUUCCUGGAGGAGGAGACGUAAGAUAUUUUUGUUGUAUA